AUGACCCUUGUCAAUGGCCAGAAAUCCGCCGCCGCGCUCUACUCCUCCCUGCUCCAGAGCUGCAUCGGCUCCAACGCCUUCCGGCAAGGCAAGUCCGUGCACCACCGGACAGUCAUCGCGCCCUCCGCCUCGCCGCCGGACCUCCACCUAAGCACCAAGCUCGUCAUCUUCUACUCCCACUUCGGCGACGUCGCGGCCGCCCGCAGGGUGUUCGACGGGAUGCCGCACCGGAGCUUGGUGUCCUGGACGGCCAUGGUCUCCGCGUACGCCAAGAACGGGCGGCCCCGGGAAGCGCUGGAGCUGUUCGCGCUCAUGGUGCGGUCCGGCACCCGGCCAAACCAGUUCACGUUCGGAAGCGCUGCAAGCGCGUGCGCGGGCGCCCGGUGCGCGCGGAGCGGGGAGCAGGUGCACGCAUGUGCAGCCAAAGGGAGAUUCGCGGGGGACAUGUUCGUGCAGAGUGCGCUCAUGGACAUGCACCUGCGGUGCGGGUCGGUGGCGGAUGCGAGUCAGCUGUUUGCGGAGAUGGAGAGGAAGGACGUGGUGUCUUGGAAUGCCCUCAUCAGGGGGUUUGUGGAGCGCAGUCAUUACAGUGAUGCACUUGGAUUGUUUUCGUCAAUGCUGAGAGAUGCAAUGCUGCCUGACCAUUUCACAUUUGGAAGUGCUUUAAAGGCUUGUGGAGCAGUGAGUGUGCUCUCCAACGUGAAGCUAAUACACACUUGCAUCAUCAAGCUGGGUUAUCCAGAUGACAAGAUUGUUACUGCAUCACUAAUUGAUUCUUAUGCAAAAUGUCGGAGUUUGAGUAGUGCAAGGGUGAUAUAUGACUCCAUGUGUGAACCAGACCUCGUUUCAUCUACUGCACUGAUCAGUGGGUACUCUAUGGAUAAAAACCACAGCGAAGAUGCAAUAAAGCUCUUCUGUAAGAUUCACCGUAAGGGUUUAAGAAUCGAUGGUGUUCUGUUAAGUUCUUUGCUUGCGAUUUGUGCUAAUACAGCAUCAAUAAAAUUUGGGACACAAGUUCAUGCAUAUAUGUGCAAGAAGCAACAUAUGGGUGAUGCAGCAUUGGACAAUGCUCUAGUUGACAUGUACGCGAAAACUGGAGAAUUUGCAGAUGCUAGGCGUGCUUUUGAUGAAAUGCCCCACCGAAAUGUGAUUUCUUGGACUUCACUUAUUACUGCCUGUGGGAAAAAUGGUUUAGGAGAAGAUGCUGUGACCCUUUUUGACAGGAUGGCGGAGGAUGGUGUAAAGCCAAAUGAUGUGACAUUCCUUGCUCUUCUGUCUGCUUGUAGUCACUCUGGUCUUAUGAACAAAGGUAUAGAGUAUUUCACUUCCAUGAUGAGCAAGUAUGGUAUCAAUCCAAGAGCGGAGCAUUAUAGCUCUGCUAUUGACCUUCUUGCUCGUGGAGGUCAGUUGGAAGAUGCAUGGAAGCUUGUUCAGAAGAUGAACGCUGAACCCAGCUCAUCAAUGUAUGGUGCAAUGCUUGGAGCUUGUAAAAUACAUGGAAAUGUGCCUCUUGGAGAAACUGCAGCCAAGAAUCUUUUCAGUAUAGAUCCUAAGAGCUCUGUAAAUUAUGCUGUUCUUGCGAAUAUGUAUGCAGAGUCAUGUCUAUGGGAAAAUGCUCAGAGGACCAGAAAAUUAUUGGCCGAAACAUCCAGUGGAAAAGAAGUUGGUUGCAGUGUCAUAUGA